GGACUUGGCGCGAGAGAGUGGUGCUCUUGAAAAGUUUGGACGCGCGCUGCACACCGCCACACGGUGCUGGGAUCGGUGCAAUUUGCCGCGAGCUCAGCAUCAUCUGUGUGUGUGUAUUGUGUAUAGGUUCGAGGUUCGGUUCAGUGCGAAAGUAGCUGCCAGCCGCAAUGGAGAAAAGUUGCUCGCGUGAGGGCAUCCUGCCGGUGACGGAGCCGACGGCGAGCAGCGGGCGAGCCGCGUCUGGGCGGUGCGAGAAGCUGGGCGAAGCGCUGAACAUCUUCUGGAUCCUGGUCGCGUUCUCUAUGCUUGCAUUCGCGCUGACCAUCUUCCUGUGCUACUUCGCGGGCUGCCAGAUUGAGGUUUCGGCCGAGGCGGCGCGCACGCUGCGGCAGAACGGACACGCGCCCGGCGUGCGGAGGCUCAGCGCCCGCGAACUGUCCACGCUGCCGGCCAACUGCAGGCCGCUGGUCGACCCCCUCUACCAGCUGGCGUGCAACAACCAGGCCCUGUGCAGGGCCGCCUUCGGGGACAACUUUGACGACGCGCCGCUCGGCCAAGCGCCCGCCGAGUACGCCGUGCAGUUCACUUGCAGGGGCAGCCGUGUCGAGGACCGCGUCGAGCGCUUCCUCCUUGUCCACGAGACGUAUUGCCACUGCAAAUCCUCCUCCAACGACACCAUGUUCAAAUGAUGAAACGCCCAGCCGUGAAGCACCCGGAUCUCUUUAUUUUUUUAUUAUUCGACAUGGGACGAAAAGUCGGUGUUCAUGCAGUUCAAAAAUAUAAAAAUCUUGCUGUUUUGAUUAUUUUUUGACCGCUCACCAGAGAUGUAUAGACAUAAUUAGGGCUCAGCGUUUGGUUUUUCAACAUUUUCCUAAUACGCGGACUUGAAGCGAAUACAAAUCAUUCAAUUUCAACUGAACAGUUUAUUUUUUUGUCCAUUUCCAUCCAAAUUUUCUAUUUUUUGCCACAAUUUUACGGUGUGACCUCUUUUGAUCUUGAAAAUUAAUGAAAAUGUUUAUAGCCGUCUAAUGUUUGCCCCAAUUUUGAUUUAAAUAUUGACUGUUGGGUGAAAAAUGAAAAAUGCUGGCUUAAACCCAAAAUUAUGAUGAGAAAAUUAAAAUUGUUUUAAUUUAAGAAAAGUUGAAGUAUCUCCCACUACACUAACACAAAAAUAUUUAAUAAAAAAAUCCCCAGCAAGCUUGAUGGGCAGGAAACAAAUUAAAUAAACAUAGAAAAUUAACUUAAACGCGCAUAGCCCUAGAUGUAUAUUUUCUUAUUGAAUAGUUAAUUAAAAUAUCAAUUCAUUGUGAGUACGUGAAUGUGUUAUACUUGCACCUGUGUGUAUUAUCAAGGGCUGGAAAUCUCCCAGGGAGUUUCCCAAACUUGCAGUGAAGUGGUUUUUUGCGGUUUUUACCAGUUUCGUGCGGUUUAAUAUAAAGAACUCGAAAUUUCCCUGAUUUUCCAUUAAAUCAUCUGUUAAAUGGGAAUCUGAAAAUCUAAGGUUCAGAGUCUUUAGGUAUUUUUAACCUUUUUUUGUGAUUAAAAAUGAAUACAAUUUUUUCCCAUCUCUAUUUUUACUAAAUUCUAUUGUGGACGAAUUCUUAAACAUGAGAGAGUACUUAGACUAAUUAAAC